AUGGGACCAUUGCUUCUAAAAAACAAGAACAUACUGUGCAACAUCCUUGCCGACAAGGAGGCCAAGUCGGCAAAGAGGCCAAUCCGCAUCCCACCUGCCGGAUACCGUCGCAACCAACAGCUAAGGUAUAUCAUGUUGCGUAUAAAAACCCCUAAAUCCUUGAGAGCCAAGAGGGAGCUGGAGAAACGUGCUCCAAGACUGGUGGAAUUUGGGAAAAAGACACUCUUACUACAUGGAACAAAAACAAGCAAUGUCCUAAAUGCUGUAUUGACAGAAAUCUAUCAUCUUAAAAAGGACAAUGCUGUGAAAUACAGCAGAAGAAACGAUAACAUCAGACCUUUUGAGAGUGGGGGUGAAACUUCACUUGAGUUCUACUCACUCAAAACUGAUUGCAGCCUGUUUGUGUAUGGUUCACAUUCAAAGAAGAGGCCUGACAAUCUUGUGAUAGGAAGAACAUAUGAUCACCACAUUUAUGACCUUGUGGAACUUGGAGUUGAAAAUUUCAAAAGCAUGGCAUCAUUUUCAUAUGACAAAAGAAUAGCCCCAUUAAUAGGAUCAAAACCCUUUUUUGCAUUUAUUGGAGAAGGAUUCGAGAACAAUGAUGAGCUUAAGCAUCUUAAGGAGGUUUUGCUUGACUUGUUCAGAGGACAGGUUGUGAAGAACCUAAAUCUUGCUGGAUUAGAUCGUGUGUAUGUUUGUACAGCAGUUUCUCCUACUAAAGUGUUGUUUACACAUUGUGCUUUGAGGCUAAAAAAGUCAGGGAAUAUUGUUCCUAAGAUGGAGUUGGUUGAAGUGGGCCCCUCAAUGGAUUUGGUAGUUAGAAGACACAGGCGACCUGAUGAAAGUUUAAGGAAAGAGGCCAUGAAAAUUGCUCCUGAGUUAACAAAGAAGAAGGAGAAGAAUGUGAGCAAAGAUCCAAUCGAGGGCAAAAUUGGAAAGAUUUAUGUUCCAGAUCAACAGGUUGGAAAUGCGUCUUUACCCUUUAAGCCAAAGGGGGUGAAAAGGGAGAGGAGGGAAGCUAAGGAGGCCAAAGUGGAAAAGAAGCAAAAGGAGUCUGAAGGGAAAGAAGGGAAAGAAAGCAUUAAGCAUUCAGAAAAGAAGCGAAAGAAGCAGAAAGAUGAUGAUUCAGCUUGAUAAUGGUUUUAAUUUAAGGGUUAUGCUUUAUAUUAACAGUUUUGUGUUUUUGUUUCUUUUUUUGGAUGAGAUGGUUUUUCAUUAUAUUUAGUCAAAGUUUUGUUGUUGAUUAUGCAUUUAUGCUAUAUCUUUUAGUUUGC